AUGAACAGUCCAAAUUCCACAAAUCCUAUACUUCCAGCCCCGGGAGUGGGCAGGAACUUAGCUGCGGUCGUCGGUGCUGGUUUCCCUGUUGGAAGAGGUAAUGAUGAUGGGCCCUUAAAUCCACCUGGAAGGGGCUCAUUUGACAGCAGCACUAACUCCAAGGCACUGUUGCGUUGUAGAAGACCCUUCACUAUGGCUACCUUCAAUGUAUGUACAAUCAAAGCUGACUCAAAAGCAAGGGAACUUGCUUACUGUGCUGGCACCCUAGGAAUCGGUAUUUUAGGAGUUCAAGAACACUGCAUCUGUCACCAGUCCCCUCUCGAAUUCCGUAACAUAGAGGACCAUCACCUGAUUACCUCUGCAGCCUGGAGGAAUGAGGCUCAGGCCUCAGUUGGGGGAGUCGGUCUCCUGCUAAGCAGAGAGGCAAAGAAUGCCCUAUGCAAUGUACGAUCUUACUCAUGCCGGGUCUUGUCGGCUGUGUUCGCUGGUAACCCAGCAACAACCUUUAUAGUUGCUUAUUCUCCAACAAAUGUAUCUGAUGAAAGCGACGUCAAGGAGUUCUAUGACAACCUCCGUGUGGCAAUCUACGACACACCAGCUCAUAACUUCCUUGCUGUACUUGGGGAUUUCAAUGCAAGGCUUGGGCAAGAAGAUGUACGUUUCCCAUUUCACGAGUCCACAAAUAGAAACAGCCAACAUCUCGCCGACCUCCUAGUCGAGAACAACUUGCUGGCAGCUAAUACUUGUUUUCAGAAGCGACCAGGCAAGAGAUGGACCUUUCAAGACCGCGGUACCAAGGCAAAAUGUCAACUUGACUACCUGUUAGUUCGGAAGAAGUGGCGUAACAGCAUCCUUAACGCAGAAGCGUACAACUCUUUUUCUAGCCUUGGCUCAGACCAUCGAGUAGUGGGCAUGAAGGUUCGACUCAGUUUGCGAGUGCCUAAACGUCACACUAAGCAGAGCACUGGGGUCAAUUCCUCACAAAGUUCUGUAUUUCUUGGACCAGUUGAAGAUCAAGUAGAACAUAGGGGUCUUUCAGAAAGCUGCAUUGCUUGGAAUCACAAAUAUCUUGUGGAAGGUGCUGUUGAUCUGAGGUCAUAG